AUGAACUCCUGAAAGAAACACCUUUCCCACUGAAUUCCACUACUGUCAUGGAGCCAUUUUCCUUCCAAGGCUGGUUAAGUGAUCAUCGUGGCGAAAUAAAACAGAAGAAAUCUUUGAGUAUGUUUGGAGAUAACUUUGAAACAGAGGUUAUAGCUUAUGGACCAGGAACAACGGAGAAAAGUAAAAAGAAUUCAGAUAUUUGGAUAUGGCAGCUGGAGGGCACAUCGACUGUUACCAUGGAUGGUAAAACCCUGACUCUAUCUGCUGGUGACAGCCUGCUUGUCCGUGCCCAGUCCAUGUACUGCUGGAAGAGAGCAGAAGAAUGUGUUGCGCUCUGCAUUGCUCAGGAUCCAAAACGCAAGCAGCCUUAUACCUAG